ACAACAAGCAUGGCGCCCAUCAUGAAUAUUUACGAUUCGCAAAUUAGCAGUCAGACUAGCGUUGUAUCAAUGUAUGACGCACACCAACUUGUAAAAUUAACAUUUCAGGGCAUACUUCUGCACGGAAUACUUGGUACGGUAACACAAAAAUGUGAAAAUUUCAAAAAUCUGAGCCCAGGAAAUUAGGAUUUUCCAACUUCUUUUUUUUUUCAAAUUCAAAAGGUGACGAAAGCCCAGUAAUUUCUCUCAUCCGCCGGCCUGAUCAAGUGUGAGUGAGACAAUCACCGUUUCUACGUCGAGCCCAUCGCCUUCGACAUGCAGCUAGUCCAGAGAUACUGCAUCGACGUUAAGGCUAACUCCUCGGUCACUGCGGUACACAGGGUAAUGGGUGGCCCAGGAUGGAAGUAUAAACAUGAACAGACGUGCCUCAGAUGGUGGGGCGAACAUUCACAGCUAUCUAAGACAGAUGACGGCUGGAAACAGCCAAACUGGAAGCGUGGAAACAUUACCGAUGUCACUUUCCGCCAUGGGGUUGCCGUUGACGAUGGAGGAAAAGGAAGAUAACUCUUCUGACCAGGAGCCUGACCAGGAGGCUGUUCAACGGUACCUGGCCAGUAGAGGGCGGGGCAAGCGUCACACCCUGGCAGUCUCCAACCCAAUCAACGAGGUGCAGGAGGAGCUGAGGAUGUCCCAGCAGCCCAUACGCCCAGCCAGACGCUCAUCAGAACGGGGGCUCUCCCCCUACUCAUACAAGGAAGGCGACAUGCUGCAUCCGCCCAGUGAGCGGUUCUCCCCAGUGAGACGGGCCAGUGACGGCCUAUCAGGGGUUAACAAACACCAAUUGUCCAACCUGGAGAGGCUCUACAACCAGACCCUUGUGAGCCAGGGGGCACGGCACAGCAGCCAGAACAGCCUAAAACAGCUGCAGCACGAGUGCCAUGAGCUACAGACUACCAAAUUUUCAGGGAAGAUGCGCAAAAAACAAGUAAGCGGAAGCGUUCCUGACCACCACAUGCUGCAUCGCCUGGCUCUGAAUCGCCCCGUCAGCAUGUCCGCAUCCCGAAUUCCGUCCCCGCCCAUCAAUGUUUCGCCUGGGUCGCCUGUAUUCCAGCACCGCAGCCCCACGAGCCCAGACUCCUCUAGCACUCAGCUUUAUCAGCAUCUCCAAAGGUUACACCUCACUCAGCAGAUUCGGCAGGUUGGGUCGCCGACGUUUCGUCGAUGCAGCCCGCCCAAUCUCAGUCAACUCUCAACUUCCGAUAGUCCGCCUCCGUCUUUCCCAAAUUUGUUACAGAAUUAUACCCAAGGACACCAGAGGGCCAGUCCCCCGCCAAAUUUCCAGAACCUUCAGAUGAUCAAGGAAGAUUCGAUAGAUCUGGACAAGAGUUCGCAGUCGGACAGCGAAGAGGACAUGCUGAUGCAAGAUGGCACUGAGAAUAUGGGAAGGAAACUCCUCAUGCAGGCGUUUGGGAAGAAACCGCAGAUAAGUACUGUGAAACCAUUAUUAUUCGUCCGACAUUAAUUUUCGCCUUUUUCGUCCUUCGACCGAUGGACGAAUUCAAGAUCCUAACGAACAAUCAUGUCCCAUAUUUGAAACAAAUAAGACUGAAUUACCGUAGGCAUGAGGCAUUUAAAUCCAGCGUAAUCCACGCAUAUACUACAGGGCUCGAAAUUAACACUCGCACACUCGCAAAAUGCGAGAAAAAAAGAUUGCAAGGUAAGUUAUAAGCCUCUAGUAUUUUUUGCAAAUAAAGAAAUAGUGAACAAAAACGAGUUAUAUUGCUUAAUGCGUUCGACGGCGUGAACGCUAAACCGUAGGUCAAUUUUUUGAACGUCCGAAUAAUCAUAUGCGGAAGCGCGCACCUUGUUUGUUGACUGGUAUACUUAUAAUACAGAUACACAGAUGGUAUUGAUACAAAGAACAUGAAACAGUCGACUAUUCACACUCAAGUUAAAUCCGGUUUUGACACAAAAGGGUGUUCAUUAUACAGUGUACUGACAACUGACAUUUCCUGUAAAACGCGAAUGCAAUAAGGCUGUAUCGAAUGCGUCGACUUCGUUUAGGUAUAAUAGUGUUGAUUUGCGCUAAUUUUUAACAACUUUAUUUCCCAUUGUGUGCAUUGUGUUUUUCAGGGGUGUUGCAGAUUAUACGGAUUAAAGACAAUACUAUUAAACGCAAUUAAAAUAUGACGAUGUGUGAUCAACACCUGACAUCAUAACAAAGAACGUGUCAAUGACAUAAAAUAAUAAGGGACAGUUACUAUCACCUAAAAUAACAGACUUGUUAAUUGGCAUAUGCCAAACAAGGCCCACCGCCUGCAAGUGACUACCAAGUGUCACCUCUCUUUCCCCAGCACGAUUUUUUCGCAAGCGUAUUACAUGUAUUACAAAUAAAUCGGACGUUUUUUUUUCAAAACCAGAAAUGGACGAAAUUAAGAGCGGACGAAAUAGUCAUUUUUAUGAAAAGGGCGAAAUUUUGUGCCGACGAAAAUAAAUGGUUUCACAGUAUAACGGAUACUCAAGGUCAUGUGACAGCAGUGACUUCCGAUGGCGACUCGGAGUCAGAGAAGGGUGACAGUUUGGAUAGUGCAAUCGUUUCAUCGCCCACUUCACCGGAGUCUUCUUCUCAGAGAGUGAUGUCCCCGUUUGUCUGUAGUAACAGUGCUCCCUUCGGGACGUAUAUGCAUUCAAAUCUGCCUAGCAUUCCAAUGUACUCCACAGCAGCAACAGACUGUCAGCGGAACUCAUAUCAGUCGAUAAAUAAAAACUGGUAUAGUGCUGGGCAAGACUAUACGUCACAUCCUUUCCAGGGGGUGGAUAAUUCGAAAAUAGUUACGAUUUAAAUCGUGAAAGUUAUAAUGCUCAUUCAGUGGUGUCUUCAUCACCAGGAAACUGGGAAAUCAGUAGUGAGGGAAUUAUGGAUAUGUAUUCAAAUAUUGACAGAACGGUGGAUGCUUCCUCUUUGGAAGUGGCCGGAGACCAUGAGUUAGCGAAGGUUGGGUCUUACGUUAACGUGUCCUCAAAACGUUCAGUGGCAGACAUCUUGAAUGAGAUUCGGAAAAUCCUUGAACAAAGUGGCCCGCAGAUAAUGUACAAGUGUUCAGAGAACUGUUUCCAGCUGGCGAACUCUGAUGUUGCUAUGGAAGUGGAGGUGUGUGAAGGUGUUAAUGCUAGUCGACUACAGGUGCGCCGCAUAUCGGGCGAUAAAGGCUCAUACCAACAGCUGUGUCAGGAACUGCUUGAUGGCAUCAAUAUAUGAGAAGCAUUCUAGGAAAAUUGGGCUUAAUGCAAGUGCGUAAAGUAUUGUUCAAGAUCAGCCUGUGCAGUGCGCAGAACUCAUCAGGGACUACACUUACUGCUUUUAUAGAAUUUUUCAUUUGAAGAAAGUCUCUUAUGAACUUAAAUCCAUUUAAGGCUGAAAGUGUUUCCCCUGAAUAGCCUGUGAAGACCGCAUACUUUGACCUGGGAUGACACUCUAUGCUCAUGCAAACAGCCGAGUUUUCCAAGAACAAGGGUCAUAUGAUAUUUAUACUCCAGUAGUCAUCAGCAUUUUGUGUGGAAUUCUUAGCUUUUUUUAGCAGCAUGUAUUUUUUUAACUAAUACAUUUUUUGGCUAUUUUUUUAUUUUUCAAUGUGUUGUGCUUUUAUGGUUUUCUACAAAUCUGAUAAAAUUGUAUGUCCUGUCUUUCUAGUUGAAUUUCUCAGAAAAUAAAUUUGGCUGUUAUGUGAGUCGCGUCAUGUGAAAUGGUCUUUUUCCAAAUGCGGCCAGUGUAGCUCCAGACCAGCCUAUGCAGCCUGGAGCCUUUUCACCAAUAUACGAAUAACCAAAUUUUUUUCGGCUCUGAUUACCUUGUAUUUGCCGAAUAAAAGGCUCUUCAAUCUCCUCUGGCUCGGUCCAAUCUGGAGCCUUCCGACGCUUCAUUUCGAUUUUUUCAACUGACAGACACUCCAUCUUAGAAGUUGUAUCAGAAAUGUCUGCUGCAAUUUAUGACACUAUUUGGCGCGUUUUCUUUACUAGACAGUUCGCUUAGUUGCGACAUUAUAAUAAAAAAACAAUGUUAUUGAAUUCUAUUUCUAAACGCGUUGGUGAAUACGAAUCCUGAGUCUGUCUUUUGUAAGUCUAAGUCUGAGUCAAAGUCAGACUUUGAGUUCAAGUUUGAGUUUAUUAUUGGUGAAUACGGCUCCAGGGCCCGUAUUCACCAAACAAUUCUUAGACUUAAGUCUAAGAAUAAAGAAAAUUCUUUAAAUUAGAAGAUUUAAUAUUUUCUUUUACUUUGAGUCAAAAGUGGUGAAAAACCAUCUCUAUCUACAUCAUUAUUCUUAUAGAACAUUUUGUGAAUGACAAUCACCAGUGGUAGUCUGUAUAUAUUUAAACAAACGCAUUUUUCUUGGUUCUAAGACUAUUCUUUAUUCUUAAGUCUAAGAAUUAGUUGGUGAAUAUGGGCCCUGAUCUGGAACCAAAGUAUCUGUUUUUGGGACCAUGAAACCUUGCAGGACCCUACAGCAGACACCACAACUGUGCAGGAUGGUCUUGACCUACACUGGCUGCAUAUGGCAUGAUACCAAUUUUUGCAUGAAGCGGCUUUAACAAGAGUUUGCAAUCCAUACAAUUUCUGCCAUUCAUCGUAAUCAUUUCAUGAUACCUCACCCGAAGAAUCUCAUUUCAUUUGAUGGAUACACUUGCCAUGCAAUAGAGGCAAUCUUUUAUAGUGUCCAUAUAUCGAUAAAUUGCACAAACAUAUUUUUAAAGUUUGUUGGCUUUGCAGAACCUCAAAUUAGUGUUGCUAUUUUGUUUCUUAGAUUGCUUCAAAUACAUAUUAUUGCUUUCCAUCUUGUACUCAUUGGAUUCCGUACAUUUGCACAACCUCAUAAAUUUGUUAAAUACCAGUCUUUCUACUGCAAUUCAUUGGUAAAAGAAGACUUCAGUUAAAACAUAAUACUUGUUUUUCAUAUCACACAAAUAUGAUAGCAUUUAAAUAUGUACUAAACAAGGUGCUUUCUUUUUCAAAUUAGCCUCACUCUGUGAAAACCGGGCUUAAUGUGUAUGUGUUAUGUAUACAUAGCCUGUGUUAUGUAUAGUCCAAGAUUAGCCUGUGCAGUUCUCACAUUAGCCUGUGCAGUUCUCACAGGUAAAUCAGGGACAACACUUUCCGAUUUCAUGGAAUUUUUCGUUUUAAGAAAGUCUAUGAAUACUGUGUCCUCCCUGAUCAGCCUGUGUGAACUGCAGAGGCUAACCUGUGACGUUACUUUAAGCACAUGCAUUUAGCCCAGUUUUCCGAGAGCGUGGUAUAUAUAUUGUGUGUAUGACUGUGACUUGUGAUAUUUCUUUUUACGUUUUUAAAAUAUUGUUUAUCAUACAUCACAAGAUUACUCUGAGUUGGGAUGUAAAUUUUUUAUGUACAUAUUUGUACUAAUUAUGUUAAUAUUUUUCAAGAAAUUCUAUAUGUCAGUAUGUGUGUUUAAUUGUGCAUGUAUUUGACUAUGUUUCAAGAUGGCAUAUGCAGAUCUGAAGCUACUUUUGAUUAAACAAGACGUCAAAAUUGUUUGUUACAAAUUUGGCAUAGUGGCUAUGUAAUAGCCAUAAAAUGCUGUACAUACUUUAAACAAAAACAUAAAAAUCUCAAUAUUUUUUAUGAGGCCUGUUUCACAAAAACACAAAAGAUUGUAGAAUCUUGCAAAAACCUGUGGCUGUGUCAACAUUUGGUCGCAGUACGUGUUUGCUUUGUCAAAUUAUAUGCCUUAAAAAUAUUACAAUAUACCAGUUGGAUGACAAUGAAUAACAGUUACAUGUCAGCUGUGUGCAUUAGUAGUGUUCAUAUCAAACAUUAAAAUAUAGACAAUAAUUAUAGAAUUUCAUAGAGAACAGUUGUGUGUCACCUAUGAAACAGUCGCAUUAACAGUAGCUACACAAAGUUAUUAUUACAUGUAUGAGAAGCUGAAGAUCAUAAGUAUAUGUUCUUAUCUCUUUAAAAUGCCAUCAGCGUAGGUUGUAAGUACUGUUGUUGUUUGUACACUUCUGGAAAUUAUUAAUAGUACUAUUUUUACUUGUGAAUUUCUAUAGUCCUUUUUUCACUUAACUGCACAACUGGACAUUAUGAAUAUGUUAAACAGAUAACAUACUGUAACAUGCUGUAAUAGUUGAAUUAGAAAUUAAUGAACUGGAUUUCCCACACAUAUCUGCCUGUAUCUGUCUCCAUUGACAUAAACUUGUCACAGAAAAUACUCAAAUAAUUUUCCAUGUAUGACAUUCAAAUUCUACCUGUUGACUUUUAUAAUAUACAAGUGUGUUUUUCCAUUUAUUAUUAUAUUAUGCUAGGUUAAAACUGGUUAUGCCUUUUUUAUAUGCCAUUCUCUUCACGGAACAAAAAUGUACAUUUGCAGUUUCCUCUCUCCAACUUGUCAAGUUUUUAUCAGAUCUUAACCAAAUUUUCUGCAACUUUUGUUGGCAUAUAAUGGGGGCAAAAUUAAUAAAAAUAGCCAAAUGGAGACAAACACUUCAAAGUUAUUGCUCUUUGUUUAUGUAAAAAAUACAAAGCUUGCGGUUUCAUCUCUCUUAACCGAAUCUGAACCAAAUUUUUCAGAAUACUGUUCUAUUAAAAUGAAGGUUUAGUUCUAUAACCGUCAAAAAAGAUUUUGCAUCCCAUUAGGUAAUUGUUUGUAUGACAGGCGCAAUUUUUCUUUAUGACCUUGUUUCUAUAACAGGGUGCAGGAUUAACGGAGUUCACAGGCUGGACAAAAUGAAAACAUACAAUUAAGAACUUUACUUUUGCAAAUAUAUCAAGUUAUGGGAAUAUGUUUGACAAAAUCUUUAGUGCAUACAAGGCAAUUUUUCUUGCAGUAUGUGUCAAUAUCUUAAGAUUUAAGAAUACAUGAUUGAAUACGCUGGAAAUCGGUGUCAAAAUUGCAUGCUGCGUGUAGCAUAAGCGUGAAUAUGAAAUCAUUACACAUAACAUUUUUGGCCAAGAACAAAGGCUUAUUAAAUUAUGUUAUUCUGAUGUUUUCACAAUCCCAUAAACCGCAUACAAAAUUGUCUAUUAUGCACUAGUUGAAAUAAUUGGAAAAAAAAUCACUUACCGGUGUAUUUGUAUCCAUGAACAUCCAUUUGUGAACCCCAUCAUGUCAUGUGAUCCUGCACCCUGUAUAACAUAGUUUUAACCCUUUCAGUGCGGGAACCGAAUUUUAAAGGCCUUUGCAAACAGUUUGGAUCCAGAUGAGACGCCACAGAACGUGGCGUCUCAUCAGGAUCCAAACUGUUUGCUAUUCUGAUAGUAUUCUUUAAAAAAAAUCGAAGAAAAUGCUAAUUUUAGAAAUUCAGCAGACGACAUUUUAGCAGACGACAAAUUUUCCAGCAUGCAAAGGGUUAAAAUUGUGCUGCAUUUUAUCACAGACGGCUUCUGCAGUUUUCAAUCUCUAUGUUUUUCCAGAGGAAGCACAACAAAUGUUGAUAAAUAUACGAGAUCAGAUAGUAAUAUUCUUUUGCAAUGUCUGUCGGUGGUUUCAUUUUCACCAAAUUAUUAAAAAAUAUAUUACAAAUUACUGUUAUGGUUAUUGUAGGUUUAUGUAUAAUUUCCCAGUUUUUGGUUAUGUCUGUAUAAAUACAGGACACUAGGAAGGUUACCAUUUAUGUUCUUGAGUUUGGUUCAAGCUGUAAUACAAUAGAGGAUGUUGAUAGAAAUAUUAAUGGUCAAGUUAUUGAAAUUCAAAACUGUUCAAUUUGUUUCAUGGAAAGUUUGUUUUUUAUACCUCAUUGUUUGUCAUUGUUUCAUUUUUUUUUAUGAAUGCUAUCUUACUUGUCUGUUCAGUUGUUAUGCUUCACUACACAAGUUUGUAUUUCAAUGGGUUGUGAUACUGAAUUUCAAAUAAAACAAAAAUGUUUUUUUAACCUUAUAUAAGCGAUUUGCUUUAAACAUGUAACCACAGCAUUACACACUUAGUUGUUUUCCUUUAUAUAUGCAAGAUUAAUGACUUAUGCUGGGAAGAAACGUACGAGGAGCAAAUGUAGCAAGUAUGACCUAGAAAAUCAGUAUGCACAUAUUUAUGGCAUAAAAGGGUAAACAAAUAAACAUUGGGGAAACAUUUUAAUGACAAAACAACAAUUAUAUCUCAAACAGCUGUAGACAAAACAUGUUGAUUAUAAGAAAACUUUGUCUUCAAGCUGAGCUCCAGAUAAAUUUGUAUUUUUCUCCGUUAUGUAUAGUUGAAUCCUACAGAAUGUUUAUCAAUUACGUUUCCUUAAACAGCAAAUGCAAUUGGAUAUCGGAAGGUCAUAAUAAUCCACCAUGUCAGGAUUUGAAAGUCCAGAUAACAUCUACUGUUCUAGCCUAGCAACUCAAAACAGGCUGAAUGAUGAAUGUUGACUGAUCAGAGUAGCCGAUGCGCUAAGCAGCACGGUGUCAUCAUGAUUAAUGAGGAAUGUUGCUAUAUCUUGCAUUGACUUCUUCAAAAAAUUCCAUACUCUACUGCCAACUGCCGAAAAAUUGGUUUAUUUCACAUGUACUUUAUGUAGCUAAUAGCAUUAUCAAAUUUUGAAUACUUAAUUUCUGUUAAUUAAUGCAUAUGUUUACUGUUGUAUUAAAUACAUUUUCUUUAAGCCUCUUUGCACGUUAGCUGGUGCUAAACAGUCAAGCUUUUAUACAGUGUCUGAAUAAAAACCCUGCUGUUUAAGUUAUAUUCAUUAUAUAUAGUUUAUUUAGUAUUUUUUAAGUCUGUGUUAUGCCAUCAUAUUUGUUUUGUGCCAUUGUUCAUGUCAUUGAGUUGUAAAGUUGAAUCAUUCAAAAAUUAACAAACACUUGCUAUGCUUAUUUAGUGUUUGUAGGGAUAUUGUUUGUUCUGAUGCGGGGGGGGGGGGGAAGAUUUUUUGUUGGGGUAAACAACUCGGAGAGUCACACUUAAAAACAACAUUCUUAUCAAUUAGCACCACUUGGUUUGGAGAAAUUAAUGGCAUUUUUUGGUCUUCAUAUUGAAAUGGCCUGUUCUUUUUUAACAGUAACCCAGUGUGUUUUUUUUUAAUAUUUAAUUUUAAAUACAAAGUUCCGUGUACAUGCAUUACAAACUUUGUGACAUCCUCCUGUAUUUUAAAUCUUCUGUAUGGAAAACAGUUGUUUCUCUUUUACUAGUAUUUUAAUACUCUAAUCCGUGUUUUGGCAAUUGCAAAAACAUUGUUACAUUAUCAGUGAAUUAAAAAAAAAGAUUCAAUGGUUGUUUGAAUGUUGUUUGACUGAAACUAACACUAAAUGGUUGUAUUUAAUUUUCAACAAAGAUGUGAUCAGUGACUUUUUUUUCUACAGUGACGCUUUAAAGUAGUGGCAUAGUGUGUGUUUGCUUAUUUAGAAAUUGCCAUUUUAUUACGACAUCAUCAAAGAUUGUGUACCAUGUGACCUGCAAUGUUUUUAUCUAUUACCAAGGUGCUUCUAUUUAUUCUUAAGCUUGGUAAUGACUUAACAAAGUGUGAUAGUUGUUUUAUUUUAAGAUAUUUUGACUGGCUCAAAAAAUAUAUAAAAAAUCAAUUACC